AUGGCAACAACUGCGAAUGACAACGAUUAUCUAACUCUUGAAACUGUGCAGUAUAUCUUCACUGUAUGUGUUCGUUUGCAACUUCCUCACGAAAUACGAUACUUAGCUGUGUUCAUAUUCACGAGUUUCAUGCGCAUACAUUCAGCCCAAGUUCUCGAUUUCUUGAGUUAUGUGAAAAUGAGUAGCUCUCGUCGACUCCGAGAAUGGGAGAAGGUUGAAGCAAAUCUUUCAAGGCAAACAACUCUUCGCAUGCUUUCAUCCAUACAGAUAGCUUCGAAAGCACUUAGCUACCACGAUAGUCUCUCUUCAAAGCAGAUAUGCUCUUGCUUACGGUCGUUGGGGUUUGCUUAUACCCAGCGAGCAGCUUUGAAGUCAGAACUGCGUAUCUUGAAGACGUUGGAUUUCUGCCUACCUCAAUCUCCAUUAGUGUACUCAGAGACACUCCUCAAAUCUGUUGGUUGGUGA